AUGAGUACUGGAUACUGGCUACAGCUACAGAUAGAAAACAAAUGUGGAGUAAGUGGAGCAGGAUGUAGGUGUUCAAGUAAUAAACUAGAUGGGUUAGAAACCAAGAAGGUGACUGACGAUGGUAAUGCCGUUGGGUUUGUUGCCCUUACUCAUUCCCAUAAAGAUCCAUUCAGGCUACUUAAAAGUCUAGGCGAUGGUAAAGAUGAACUAGACAUCGGAGAUAACCAGCAAGAGAUUAAAGAGGUCACUUCUGUUUCAGUGUACUACUGGGUUGGAGAUAAAGAAUACCGUAAACCUCUUCUUCUAGAGGUGGUUAAGAAUGAUGCAACACACGCGCCAGAUUACUACUAUAAGUACGGGAAUAAUGAACCAGAAGCAGGUGGUCAACAGAAUGUUUGGAGACAUAAGCCACAUGUUGGAGGAGUAUCACUACAGAGUAGGCUCUUUGAUAGAAAUCUUGGUAUAAACAAUCGCUAUCCCCUUUACCUUAAUGAUCCUACAAAAGUUCUUGGUUUGGAUUCAAAAUUUGCAAAGAAUAUAGGAGUAGAACCUGUUCAGAGUGGUAGAGAAAUCGUUGGUACUAACUAUACUGUUACCGAGUACAAACUUAAUGGUCAAAAUAAUGGUCACGGAGGUACCAAGUUUUCAACAGUAAUCUUUGAUAAGAAAAAUACCGGUAUUAAGAUACCUCCUGAGGCAACUGAUGAAAUCAGACUAUACUCCUCAUCUGUUAAUACAAAUGUGCCUAUUGCACUUGAGUUUAAACUACAGAAUGGAAACUCUAGAUUACUCUACAGUACAGAUAAAAGUGGUAAAAACUGGCAAGAGCAUGGUAGUGAUGACAGAUCUUAUAAAGAAAAUAUCCAACUCACAGAGAAACUUAUCAAAAACCUUGACGAUCUAGUUUGUGAAUACUACAAUGGAGUAACAAUUGAUUUGUCCUCUACUAUAACUAAUGGAACCUAUUGCUGUGACAAGCAUGCAGGUAAAGAAAAGGGUGAGGGUGGUGGGAGAAUCUCUGUUGAUAAAGUACAAGUUUCUUGCACAAAUCCUAGUCAUAACUCAAGCAAGCUUAUAGCUUAUAAACACUCCAUUGAUGGUGACUAUAAGCUUGCAGGCAUUAAGUUCUACCUUGAUGGUGAUCAGAAUAAAAGAAGACGUGUAACCUCUAGGAAUUUGGGUCUCCCUAUAGAAGGACCGGUGGAUGUCUAUGUGCUUUAUUGUGACAAUAAUCCUAUACUCGUGUACGUUGAUGCCAAUAGGAGUACAAAAUCUCAAGUCACAGGAUGGUACAGGAAAAGCAAAAGAGGUUAUGAAAAUAACUGGACUAAGAUCUGUGCUGGUAUCGGGGGUAUAACACAUAGUGACCUGAAUGGAGGUACUUUGAUCUGCCAAAAGUGGAAUACACUUGUAGGGGCACUAAAAAAGCUGGAAUGUAAAAGGUUCAACAAAUGCUCGAUAUAUUCACCAUUACGUUCCGCUGCUGAUAAUGGAGAUGGAUUACAAGAACCGAGCCAAGAUGAGGUAAUCGUCUUGGAAGAUUCUGAGGGUGAAGUUGAGUCAUAUAAAGUACUAAAUCUUGUUACUGAGCCUGAUUUUGAAUAUAAAGGAGGUAAAAAAGUUCCCGGGCCUAAACAUCCUGAUCCCGUUGAUCCUGCUGAAGGUAAAGCUGAUGGAGAUGGUAAAAGAAAAUCUGAUCUUGAUGCUCCUGGUAAAGAUGGUGAAGCUGGAGCCAAAGCUCAAGUAGGCUCUGGUGCAAGAACUCUGGUUAGUAGUCCAAGUAUAGGAUCUAGUUGGCCAUUUGGUUCAUUUAUAUCCGCAGUUGAAAGAGUUGGAGGACUAGUACUUAAUGAGGCAGCUCAAACAGUUGUAAAAAAUUUACUUGCACACCAAUUUCUUACUGUUCAUGAUCCUACUUUUAAACCUGGAGCUGCUGGUAAUCCUGCUCCCGGAAAAGGUAAGGAUGGUCCUCAAGCUGAUAUUAAAGUUACUAAAGAUGCUCCUGUUGCUGAAGCUCAAAAAGGCUGUUCUCAAUCUGCUGGUUCACCUCCUCCUGAAAAGCAAGCUGGAUCUACUCUUGACCCAGAAUGUUUUUCACAAAAUGGAGUUCAACGUGAGGAAGUCCCAGCAGCUGACUUAUCUGACCAGGUCCCUGGUACAGAGUCUGAGACAAAGAUUCUCAUACAAGGAACUCCUGUAGCUCAAAUGGCUGAAGAUGCUAUAGAUGGUGAAAGACUAAAACAUCUUAAUCCUGAAGCUAGUGUUGCUGAAGAAGAAUCUCCUAAACUUGGUCCUCCUAAAGAACGUGAAUCUGCUACUGCUCAAAAACCUCCAUCUACUCCUGUUACUAAUCCUGAAGAACAAUCUUCUCCUUCUGAAGCUCUUACUGCUCUUGCUCAACGAGAUGGUGGUGGCUCUCCUGGUCCUGGUUCUUCUAAUCAUGGUUGGAAAGUAAUUUUUGGAGGCUCUGCUUCUGCCACUGUAGUUUCUGGUUCUCUUACUGGAUUUGGUUGGUGGGCAUUUAAACGUUCUAGAGGAGAUCCUUGGGUUAGACAAAUAUGA